UCUAUGGGAGAUGGCGUUUCUGUAAUUCUGAGCUUUCUGGAUAACGGGUUUCCGAAUAAUGGAACUGUAGAAGAGAGGGACAAGCCAAAGUCCUGAUAGGUUGGGGCAUUGUUUCUAAAUGUCUUCAACCUACCAGGACUUUGUUGUGACCAUCAAGUGCAACUUCAUCUACUGAAACAUUUUGGUAAUAUGUAUCACCAAUCAAAAGAGGUCAGUAACCAGCCUGUCGGAAGGCAGGGGGAGGCACGUUCCUAAUUGAAGUGUCACUGUUCCUUUAAGUGGGUGACUCAUAUCUUGUGCUAAAUAUAUCCCUUGUGUAUUACUAUUUUCUUCUUGGUCAAAUAUUACUUGUCUUACGGCUUGUCUUGUAACCAAUCAGCAGGUAGCAUUUACUGGUCCCCGCUUUUUUAAAAGAAACAUCUGAUUGGUUGAUAUUAGGUACUAGAUGCAGGUAAGAUUUUAUUACAUUAGCCCAAUCGGCAAUUGGUAUUUUCUCCAAGGCUUUAGCUUAAGUUACCCUCUAGUUAUUGGAUCUCAUGGACUUCUUUUUUUUUUUAAUACCUUCCCUCUUGUUUCCAUGGUGACUGUUUCCAAGUUGGCUGGUUUUUGAUGGUUGCCAUGGUAACCAUCCUUGAGAAAUCUGUAGUGUCUCAGCCACAUUUUCUUUUCAUCAAUGAUUUAAAUGCCGGGUUUGUAAUGAGGAUCGGUGUGACCGUGUCAUAAUUUGUGAGAAUUCAUGAUUCAGGUUCCCGGCAUUGUGCCUGGGGUAGCUUCCUCUCCUAAGCGUUCCUCCCCCAAAUAGGUCUGUUAGCCUCUAUGCAAAUCUUACUAAUCCCAUAUAACACAACCUUGAACCAUCCAUUAUGUGAGUUCCCGAAUCCCGUGCCUGGAAUUCCCUAUAGUAGCAUCCUUCUCUUCAGUAGAUGAGUGCUAUUCCUACGCAUGUUGCUUUUUCUGCACCGUUCUGUUCUGGCGAUUGUUUACAGGUUAUGACGACUAAUCCCAAACCAAACAAGGCAUUAAAGGUCAAGAAGGAGGCGGGAGAAAACGCCCCAGUAUUAAGUGAUGAUGAGCUUGUGUCAAUGUCUGUGCGGGAGCUGAACCAGCACCUUCGAGGUCUCACCAAAGAAGAAAUCAUCCGCCUUAAGCAGCGCAGGCGUACACUCAAAAACCGAGGCUACGCCGCCAGCUGCAGAGUUAAGCGGGUCACCCAGAAAGAGGAGCUGGAGAGGCAACGCAUAGAGUUGCAACAAGAAGUAGACAAGCUGGCACGGGAAAAUUCCAGCAUGAAACUAGAGUUGGAUGCUCUACGCUCCAAAUACGAAGCUCUCCAGACGUUCGCUCGCACAGUCGCCAGGGGUCCCAUAACCCCUACUAAGGUGGCUACCACCAGUGUAAUCACCAUUGUGAAAUCAGCCAACAUUUCUUCAGCAUCCAUACCUUUUUCUGCAGCAUCCUAGUGCCCAUGAAAGGAGAGAACUAGCCGCCUGUUCUAAAAAGGACAUUAUGGGAUAAACCUUCAUUUAUUCUCAGUUCCUUUCCUUCCUAUCCAAAUGUUAGCUGAUGUGUUUUAUUCCAUUGUCAAUGCCAAUGUGAUAUAUAUAGAGGCAAGAAACAUGACCAGAGCUCCAUGGCCCUGUUGUGAUUGCACCUGGGAAUUUGACACGCUUUACUGGAUAAGCUCCAUUUCAUUGAGAGGAAAUGUGCUAGAAUUGGGUUAACUGGUUCAAAAUGUAAAUAACAAUAAUGCUCGAAUUUCUAUAGGAAAUGACAAUGGGAGCAGAAACCCCUGAAAUCAAAUUGCCAGAAUAAAAUCAUUUACUAAAGGUUAGCUUAAAUCGAGAAAGAGAAACGUGCACAGAAAUGGGUUGAACUUGUUGAGUAUAUUUGACUUUUGCUUUACCAAUGUUAUUUCGGCUAAACAACUAGAUCACAGGGAAGAUUUGCAUUGGUUUCCUUUUGCCUUUUCAGAGUCAGGCAUUUCCACAUACUUUCCCUUUCCAAAGCCAUUCUGUUGAAUAUAUUCUUGAGCCUACCCACUGUCUGUUUGUUGCUAUAAACUAUAGCAUUUCUGAUUAUUAACUCAGGAUCUCUUUAUUGACAGUGCUUUGGGCACUUUGAUUACUUAUAUUCCUUUUCCACCCAACUUUGAUUCUUUAAACCAUUACCUGUUCUAUUUUUAGUCUUUGAGGCACAGGGUGGUAUAGUGGCGUUUGACAUUUAGAUCAGGUUAGUACUCUGAAGGCCAAAUGCAUUCUGCUGCCCACAUUCCAGGUAACCAACUGAUUGACCUAAAGAUUAACUAUGGAUUUAUGACUUAGAUACAAAUCAACUUACUUUUAUACUCCUGCGGUGAUAUAGCUGCAAUUCUUACUGUAACAGCAUAAAAACAAAGCAUAGUUAAAGUUGGAAUUCAUUAUUAUACUCUGUUUAGCAGAGAUGAGCCCAAGGACCUGGUUAACUGGGUGACAAAGAAAGUAAGCAGACUUGCACAGCACACUUGUUUUAUUGGACUAAAGGCUAAGGAUAAGUUACUGCAUAGAAGUAUUCAGAUUUAGUGUUAUGCGAUUAGAGUGCAAAGGAAAGUAGUUUUUGUUUGUGUUUUUAGUAUGUGAGCCUACUUUUUCCAUUAUGGUGGUUGCAGUUAGGUUUCAGAAAGACAAAGUAUUUUAGGGCAUAGGUGUGGUUUCAUGUUUAGUAGGGGUUUAAGAAGGAAACAAAAGUUUUCAGUAGGCAUUUAAGUAUGUAGAAGUGUUUAAUUACUUGAUUGUAUGCAUUUGUAGGGCUACGGCAUAUGGUGCAAUGUGUGCCAUAAGCCAUAUGCUCAAGACCUACCAUAUAUUGCAGGUCAUGCUCCUUUAUAAUCUGGCCAUCAUUAGAAAAUAUCUAUUCUACAGAUAAAAGUCCCUUGUAUAAAGUUCUCCUAAUUGGUAUUGGUUCAGUAUAUGCUUGCGGUGUUAAGAUUGUAUUUGGUUACUGAGAAUAAAGUGUGCCAUUGCAAGGUGCAGCUGCCCGUUACGGGUAAGGUUUGGUUAAAACUGCUUAGCUGUUAUCUAGCCUGACAUGCUAAUGUUUGGCAAAGGGUUGACUAGUUCCCUAUACCAAAAGGGCUAACUGACAAUUACAGUUCCGAAGAUUUGUACCUGUUUCUUUUGACGGCCCUGACAUUAUUACAAGCAAAAUCUAGAGACAUGCAAAAGAGGCGCUGUACUGUAUCUUCCCUUCAAAGUUUUUUGUAGUACUUUUUUGGGGUCCUGUGUGUGCGCGUGUGUUUGUAAAGUUUAUACGAUGUACUGUGAAAAGUGUGUAAGAACAGCGCUCCUUUGAAUGGCUUUUCCACAAAACCAAAGAGGUUUAUUUUGUGAGAAUAUAAAGGGCUACUGAACAAAGACUAAACUUGAAAAGGAUGAAUCUGUCUAUGAUCCCAUGAGUUCAAGUUCCACUUGCAAGCUUGGCAUGACUAUACCAUUACCAACCCACCUGGAGCAAAGACUUUAGUUCUUUAUGUUGGCUGGAAUGACAGAGCUACAGUAAGCAGUUGACCACCCUUGACAUUGCCAAAGGUAUGAUGAAACUAAUGGUUUGUAUUUAUGAAUGCAGAGGAAUAGAGGUUAGAGAAGAGGAUGCUGAUGGACUGUUGAAUGUUGAAGGUGGCAUAAUGCCUCUCUUGGUUCUUCAGCAUCAUGUGUUUCUCACAGGGAGAUGGGAUUUAAUGUUGGUUAUCGUUACAGGAAAAAAAAGUAGUACGUUAUGUGCAGUUUGGGUUCUGAAGAUGUCUUACUAGGCCCAGAAACCAAACCAAUCAAAUUCCCUGGACAACACAACAAGGCCUCUCUGAACUGUAGAAUGCGAUAGCUGGAGGGCACCUAUGGAACUGCUCUAGAUUGCCAUUUUAAUGUCUUUGAAAGUGCCAUGCAUGCAGCUAAAUUGCCUCCUUCAUCUGAACCUAGAGAACUUGACUUAUCCUCUAUAAGGCAAGGAUGAGUGGCAAACAAACAAAACAUUCUUAUCUGGGUUACGUUGGCUCCAUAUGCAUUCAAGUAGUUCCGAGAUCUACAUGUAGCUUCAUCUUGCUGCAUGCACCUUUCAAACUGUUUUUAUUUAUGUUUUUCUCUCCCUUUUCUAAUUUGACACGUGCCAAAAUACUUGGCUAUCAAAGAGCUAGCCCUAAACGAUCCCUUACCAUAUUUUAUAGUGGGGGUAAUUAAUUUUUAGAAACAGGAACAAAAAGGAGAACAGGAACCUGGGCACAAAUAAUGCUGAUGAUACCAUAGAAAUGGUAGGUAAUCCAUAUUGGAUAUCAAUAAGGAACAUAUGGAACUAUUUAAAGAGAUUUAAAAAGAAAAGUUUUAUCGAACAGAGUUUUCGUUUUGUUUUUAUUUUUUUUUGUGGGGGGGGAGAAUUUUACAAGUUUAGUAAUGCAGUUCUUACUGAAAGAUGAUGCAAACAAAUGGGUUACUGUGAAGAUAUUUGGGGGUAUUGGAGGAAUUAACCCUCCGUCUUGAUCUCUAUAGGCCAGCCAGUUUUAAUUUCAGAUGUCUAAGACCAUCAGAGAAUAAAAAAUCUUCACCUGUACCCUUCUGUGACCGAGGAACCUGUAAAAAAAAUGCUGCAGGGCUUUGUACCACAUAAGGGAUUUCAGAUUCUUGUACCAAUUUCUAAAUUUUAUUCUUUUUUUUUUUUUUUUGUUACUGUAGUGUGUAUUUAAUCUGAAAUUAAUAUUUUAUAUGUAAUUGUAUUUUCAAGACUUAUGAUCAUUUGUAUUUUUUAUGUUUAUGACCAGAAAUUGAAAUCUUCCUCUGUGCUCUUAUUUAAUGUCUUUAUGUGUAAGAAUGCUGCUCCACGCAUCCAAUUUUAGAGAUGGCAAAAAUCUGACUUUUUUGUUGU